UGGUCAGUAUGAAACAGUGAUUCCUGGCGAUCGGUUCGCGUCCUCGACGCUCGUUCGGCUUCGGUUUUUACGUUUCUCAGCGGGGGAUUGAACUCGCUAAAUAUCCCUCCUCCUUCCCUUUCCUAUAUCGGCAGUUUCAGGAGCAGGGUCCCGGCACACCGGAAAUGCGCAUUAUAAAAUUCAUUCUACCCACCGGAUUCGUGUACUUAGCCCGAAAUUUCGCAGUUGCAGCAGCGAUGAGCGGAAACAAGGAUUACAAAUCGGCCACGUCGAUUUAUGACUUCACGGCGAACUCUAUCAAAGGAGAGGAAGUCCCUUUGUCCAAAUACAAAGACCACGUGUGCUUGAUCGUAAACGUUGCCUCGAAAUGCGGCCUCACCGCGACGAAUUACAAAGAGCUGAAUGAUCUGUACGACGAGUAUGCCGAAUCUAAAGGAUUACGAAUUCUAGCGUUCCCCUGUAACCAAUUCAAUGGGCAAGAGCCGGGAAACAGCGAGGAGAUUUGCAGUUUUGCCGAACGCCAAAAAGUAAAAUUCGACUUGUUCGAGAAAAUCGACGUGAACGGAGAUAACACGCAUCCCCUUUGGGCAUAUUUGAAGAAGGAACAAGGCGGCCUGCUGGGUAACUUCAUAAAAUGGAACUUCACCAAGUUCAUUGUGGAUAAGGAGGGCAAGGUUGUCGAGCGACACGGUCCUAAUGUGGAUCCGCACAAGCUGAAGGGCUCUCUUGAAAAAUAUUUUUAGAUCGAUUCUAUUCAUAUGAUUUUGGUAAAGGUGAAUAUUCCCUGUAGUUCGUGCGAUUUAAAAAUUUAUGCAUAGUUGAAAAAAAAUUUUUGUAGAUUUUGUGAUAUCUCAUCGCACACAUACAAUAUUCAAUAUAUAAAAAACUUAUUUUUUCCCUUCGUAUAUAUUAUGUUGCAAUGAACUAUUUUUGAAUUCUCUUCCGACACAGGUACGCAUAUAUUUAAUAUUUCAUAAGAUGGCGUGAUGUAAUUAUGAAUUGUUUAUAAGUAACUGGAAAUCAAUAUUACGUAUUUACACAUUCCUUACUUUUAUAUAUCCACAUAAGUUCUAUUUAAAAAAUCCUUGAAGAUACUAAAGCUUUGCUUCUACAUACAUCAUUUAAAUUGUGAAUAUAAUAUGAAUUUUGUCUUUGUUUUACAUUCUAUAAUAAUUAGUUAUUAAUCAAUAACUAAUCUAAUUCGUAUCGGCAAAAUUACCAAUUCGACAUGUAUAUGUCAUAUUUGACAUUAUACGACGUACGAAGGCACUAAGAUAUACAAUUACGCUUAAACCAGAAAUAUCUUGUUGUAACAUAAGACUACUUUGCGAUAUGGUGUAAGAAAUAAAUAAAAACAUGUUUAACGAU